UAGGAGCUUUCCGCUCGAGCAUAGUUCGUUAACGGAAGCUCUUAACCGCCCUAAGAGGAUUGGGAUUUGGCGCCUCUGAUCGGUUUGAUCGUUUCUGCCAUUUUCCCGCCAAGCCUUAGAUGAGAUUGUUAGUGCCAGCGGCAAAGAUCCUCCGAAGAGGGUUUUGGAAGGGAAAACCCUUACCUUUUCAUCUCUCAUCUCCAUUCUGUACGGACAACGCUGAUAGCCUCCAGAGUUCCAAGGUCAAGAUCUUCGAUCGCGAUCUUAAACGAAUACAGCGUAACCGAGCUGCAUGGUUAAUGCGUCCCAAGGAUUCUUUAGUUGAUACUGUUGCUGAUAACCUAUUGGACCGUUUGGAGGACUGUACAAAAGCAUUUCCAACAGCACUCUGUUUGGGGGGUUCGUUGGAAGCUAUUAAGCGGUUGUUACGUGGGCGUGGUGGUAUUGAAAAGCUCAUUAUGAUGGAUUCAUCGCAUGACAUGAUCAAAUUGUGUAAAGAUUCUGCACAAGAUGCAUCUAAUAGCAAUAUUGAAACAUCCUUUGUGGUUGGUGAUGAGGAGUUCUUGCCCAUAAAAGAAAGCUCACUAGAUCUGAUUAUCAGUUGUUUGGGACUACAUUGGACAAAUGAUCUUCCAGGAGCAAUGAUUCAAAGUAGACUGGCGUUGAAACCUGAUGGCCUAUUUUUAGCAGCUAUUCUUGGUGGAGAGACAUUAAAGGAGCUAAGAAUAGCAUGCACUUUAGCACAGAUGGAGCGUGAAGGUGGCAUCAGUCCAAGAAUAUCUCCUCUGGCUCAAGUGCGAGAUGCCGGCAAUCUUUUGACAAGGGCAGGCUUCACCAUUCCAGGUGUUGAUGUUGAUGAAUACACUGUUAGAUAUGACAGUGCUUUGGAGCUGAUUGAACAUUUACGUUCGAUGGGUGAAACUAAUGCUCUUCUGCAAAGGAAUAAAAUCUUAAAGAGGGAUACUGCCUUGGCAACUGCUGCUGUAUAUCAGUCAAUGUUUGCAGCAGAGGAUGGAACUGUCCCUGCAACUUUUCAGGUGAUCUACAUGACCGGCUGGAGGGAACACCCGUCACAGCAGAAGGCUAAAAAGAGGGGCUCUGCCAACAUUUCAUUUAAGGACAUCCAGAAGCAAUUUGCUACUCCAACCUAAGUCCAUCUUCUCAUUCUUCCUUUUCAAUUUGUAACUUUUUAUAUAUAAGAGAGCAUGGGAAGAAGAUCUCUUUGUAUUCUUUCACUUGGCAAUCUCGAAUAAACAAUCCAUUCUUAGCGCCAUUAUGUGGCCCUUGGUCCUUGCUGUAGACAAAUUGGAUAUAUGAUUUAAUCUCAUGUUUUGUAGCGAUACUUAUCCCAUAAGAUGUCUCUGAUUCGAGUGUC